AUGUCCACAAUGCAAACAUAAAAUGAAAUGAAUUUAACAACUUCAAUCUAAGAAAUAAAGUAACUAAUUAGUUCAUCAAUUUUAGAAAUCGUAUCAGAUCAAGGAUAUUGUUUAAUUCGAUAAUAAUAAAAUUGUUAUUUGUAACAAUUUUAUUACUCAACCUGAGCCUUUAAGUUUAAUUUUAAGUUAACAAAAUAAUGUUGUUUAUAGUACUGUAAUCCUACCUACUUAUUGAUUUGUUGAAUUUUCUUUAUCAUUAUUUGUAAAUGAAAAGUUAACAUAUUCGAUUGUAUUUAUAAUCUCAUAUCAAGUAAGAAGAAAAGAAUAAACAUAUAAAUAAUAAUUACAUUUUUAGACAGCCUUUUUAUAACAUCAUUUUUAGUAAAUGAAAAAUUAGAAUAAGCCUUGUACUUAUAUAGCAAUAUUAUACUUUUGUGUUCUUUAUUAAUUAAUUGUUAUAGAUGGUAUACUGAUAGAGGCAUGUUGGAUACAAUUAGAACAUUAAAUAAGACAACUACAAUUUUUAGAUUAUAUAUUUUGAUAUGUUCAACAUUUGUAUCUUUAAAAUUGGAUAAAAUAAUAAAUUGGGAAUGGAGUGCUGCAUUAUGGAGUUUGUGGUUAGGUUUAUUUUGUUCUAUUGGCAUCAGUUUAGGUUGUCUAAUAGUAACUUUUAAUAAGAUAGUUUAAUAUUUAUUUGAGAAAUCAAAUUAUUAAAAAUCGAAAAGUAAUCAUGCUUAAACUAAUUUAGUAAUUUACUUUAUUUGGUUUGCACAAUUGUCCAUUUACAUCACAGUAUGUUUAGGGCUAACUUCUUUAGGUUAUUUAGAAAUCUUAACAAAUAAACUAAAUUACUCUAGGAAUUUUAUAAUUCUCCAAUAUUUUGUAAUAGCUGAGCUUAUUAUUAUAAUGUUCUAUUCGAUUUAUUUCCAUACAGAAAUUAAUGAAUACAUUUUAAGUAUACUUUAAGAUGAUGAACCAUUAAGUAAUUAAUAACAGUUAUCUACACAUACUUAAAGAAAUAAUUAAACUUUAUAGAACUUGAAUGUAAUUACAUCAAGAACACAAGUUCCUUAAGUAAUGUAGAAGAUUUCUACAGCUUAUUUCAGCAUUCCUAAAAGAUAAAUUAAUAAGGGUUAGGAUUCCAUAAAUGGAUCACCUAUUAUAAAGAAGUCAUCAAAAGGGCACAAAAGAGCUUUUUCAAGUUAAGGAAUAGGAUCUUAAAUGAUUUAAGAAUUAGAUUUAAAAAUAACUGAAAAAUAAUUAUUUUCCAUUAAUUAGACAAUUAAAAACAAACCUUAAGUGGAAAAAAAAAGAAGUAAUUCUUAAUUGAUAACUGUAAUUUAAAAUAUUUAUUACUAAAAGAUUGCUAGGGAUGAAUCAAUUUAAAAUUAAAAAAUUGAUAUUAGUCAAACUAGUAAUAUUUGUAUUGUUUGUUAUGAAAGAGGACCUAAUGCAGUUUUUAUGAAUUGUGGACAUGGAGGUACUUGCUAUCAAUGUGCAGUUGAUAUAUGGAAAUAAAAAACUGAAUGUUAUUUAUGUAGAGAAGUAUUUAAGUGAUUUUAUUUUAAGAAAAUCGUUUAUAUUUUGAAAGUAGACCUUGAAGAAAGAUUUGGUGAUCUUUUUAAAGUUGUUUCAACCACUAAAAUGAUGGAUUAAUUUUAAAGUUGA